UACAGAAGUUAGACAGUAAGGUUAGCUGGGCCGGGUGAAGCUGCGUUGUGAGCGCCAGGGAGACGGAAAGUGCUAAAAUAAGGCAUUCAGAUUAGAUAAUUUGACGCUGUUUUCGGCUGGAUAUAAUAUAUCCAUCAUGUUGUGGCUCAUUUUUGUGUCGUUUCUCUGUUUUGAGACGGUCAGCUCCGAAACCCACACUCUGAGGUACAUCUACACGGCCAUGUCCAAACCUGAGGAUGGGUUUCCUGAAUUCACAGCCAUGGGUCUGCUGGAUGACAUGCAGAUUGAUUACUACGACAGCAUCAAUCAGAAGAAAGAGUCCAAGCAGACCUGGAUGAAGGAAAACAUGGAUCCGGAUUACUGGGAGAAAGGAACGAAGUCUCGCAAGAGCAAGGAGCAGUGGUUCAAAGUCAACGUCGGGAUUCUGGAGAAGAGGUUCAACGAAACAAAAAGACCACACGUUCUGCAGUGGAUGCACGGCUGUACGCUGGACGAGGACAACAAUGAAGAGGUUCAGGGGUACGACCAGUACAGCUACGAUGGGAAUGACUUCCUGUCCUUCAACAAGAAUGACCUGCAGUGGGUGGCCCCCAUGCAGCCAGCCUUCGCGACCAAACAAAAAUGGGACGGCGAGAAAAUUCUGAACCAGUACACCAAGGGCUACCUGGAGAACGAGUGCAUCGACUGGCUUAAGAAGUUCCUGGGCUACGGAGAAAGGGAUAUCUAUCGCUCUGUCAAGCCUGCAGUAACAGUUUUUGCGAAACCAGGCAAAAAUAAAGAGAGUCUAACUCUCACCUGCAUGGCUACGGGCUUCUACCCCAAGACAAUCCACAUUCACUGGUACAAGGACAAGCAGAGGGUGGGUGAGAAGAUGAAUUCCAGUUGGGCCCUGCCUAACAACGACAACACCUUCCAGCUGAGAUCAAGUUUGGAGAUCGACCCAGUGGAGGGCAAGGGAUACUCCUGUGAAGUGCUGCACGGCAGCUUACCAGAACCGCUCUUUACACACUGGGAUGGAGUCGUGCCUGGUGAGGGGACCUCGAUUGGGAUAAUCUUGGGAGUUUUGAUUGUUCUUGUUGUUGUUGCUGUUGUUGUUAGUGUGGCCGUCUUCAUCUACAAGAGGAGAUCUGAUGUGGCUGUCCCCGUGGAUCCUAAUACCCAGACUUUGCUUGCCAAUGCCCAGCCUUUGCUUGCCAAUGAAAAUCCACAGAAACGUGGCAGUGACUCUAGCCACAGUGACUCUGGCCACAGUAACUCCAGCGAGUCUGUUAAAUCCAGCGAUUCUAACUCCAGCGAGUCUUCUAAAAUCAGCGAUCCUGACUCUGUUAAAUCCAGCGAUUCUGGUGUUUCUGUGAAUCCAACAAGCCCAGUAUAAAAUAACAUGGUGCCAGUGGUGCAGUCCCUGCAGGAUCAGUAACACGAGCUUCAGCUCCAAUGCUGAGAGUUCUGCAGUGGCAGGAAUUGAAAGGAACCCAACUUCCUCCCUCAUAGCCGUCGUGAAUUUGGCACUUUAGAUUAAACUAACACAUCACCCCUCGUAAUCCGCACCAAAGUUUUUUGCAUGAUCCUUUUAUAUAAUAAUGUUUUUUCUUUUUUUUUUUUUUUGAAGGUAGCAUUUAAACAAAAAAAAAAGGAUUCAAUAGAUGCAUGAUUUUUGUUUAUUUUUUUCUACACAAAAUCUACAGAAUAAUGUGAUGUUUGUUGUUAAUCAGGGUUCUUGAGUUUAUUCAGUGUAUUCGUUUUUAAAAUAUAUAUACUUUUAUGAUUAUGUGUAGAUCGGUGUGUGGUUUUAAUGUUUCUUUAUUUUAAAUAUUGGUCAGCUGUUUAAUUUCUAUGUCCCUUUGAUUGGUUUUAAUAUAUUUCCAAUUUUUAAAUCUUGUCUUGAGGAGUGCUGUGUAUAUAAUUGGCUAUAAGGUGAGUUUCUGGAGCUGACCAAAACGUAACAAUAUAUAUUGAACAGUUUUCUUGAUUGUGGAAGAAGAGUGCUAUAUAUUCACUAUAUAGUCAUAUUGUGUAUCCAUAUUGCAAUUGCUCAGAUAAAACCAGGACCCAGUCUGCUACUGGCAUGAUGGAUCCAGGGCAUCUUUACUGGUCUUUGCUCAAUGUUGAACUUGUCUAGACAAAUUACCCUCCUCUCUGGCUAAGUAUUCUGUUUCCAAUUAUAAAUGGGUUUAAAUGUUUAUAAAAUGGCAAGAAUAGAGGAAGCAAUCUCAUUGGCUAACCAGUGUUCCAUCCUGUGCUGAUGUGUCACCAUGGCAGCACAGCUCAGAACUUCACUGGACCAGUCCACUCUGGGAGGGGUGGAGGGGGUGCCAUUUUAAUAGCACAGUAACACACUCCAGGGUGUUCAGAUAUGGUUGUAACAACGACACCCCUAGGCAUUCGGACAUUGAACUGUAUUGAACACCCUGGAGUGUUACUGCUUUCAUACACCUCAGUUGAUCUAUCUAACAGAAAUAAUUCAACUAGAAAGAUUUUUGUUUUAAUUCUUGAGUUUCCAGAUAAACAGUUUUGCCAUUUGUCAUUUUCUAUCUAUUGGCUUACAAAAAUCUUUAACUCGAAAGUCAUCGUCAUAUUCCUUCAUUUGGUUAACUACUGUAUACCAUAUUAAAAGAUGGCACCAAAUCAAACUGUGCAUAUCCGGUGCCUUCAUCACUACAAUUACUGUUAGUGAUGUAUUUUGCCAAUACAAGUAUUUAAAAUGCCAGGAUUGGGUCUAUAUUAACAUUGUAAAGAAAGGUAACUGUUUAGAUCAGUAAAUGCACAGCUGUGUUUUUAAUUCUGUUUGAAGAUCAGAUUUAAUGUGAGAAUUACAGCUGUAAUAAUACAAGACAAGCAGCAUUAAUGCCGUGUAUACUCCUGCAGAUGCACGUCUGUAAAGUGCAAUCAUUUCAUAGCAAACAAGCUUUGUGUUCGUAGUUCUAAACUGUUAGGGUUGUUAAGGAUAUAUUGAAUUUAAGUUUCUAAUCAAAAAAUUAUAUCUAACAUGUAACAUUUAAUUUUCUUCUAAUAAAAUGUAUUUUAAAAAUGAAAACCUUAGCAAUUUUCUUUAAAUAUCCAUUAAAGGAAGUGUGUGUCUCUU